ACUGUUAACGCACUAUAUAAAGAUCCCAUCUUUUCUUCCCUCUCUCCCUCUGUAAUUUUUGGGUCUCAGAAGAAGGAUUUUUUUUUAAUAUUUUGGUUGGGAGGAAUGUCGAUUGUGAUGGACAGAGUCGAGCAGUACGGAUUCGAUCUCAGCGUCGGGAGUAUCUUUCCGGCGGAUCCGCCGGCUAAGAUCGGCGGUGCAGCCAUCUCCGGCGGAGUGGAUCGUUGGUUGUCUCCGUUUGGUUCGUGGGCUUCUUCUUCACCUUCGUCUUCGUUGUCAUCAUCGAUUGGGAGGGACAGUGACGAGGAAGAUGGCGGGAAACCGUCGCCGGAGGGAGGAUAUGCCGGCGAGAAUGAGGCGGAGAGUGAGUACAGAGGUCCUUUGGACACGAUGGAUUGUCUGGAAGAAGUUUUGCCCAUCAGGAGAGGGAUAUCGAAAUUCUUCAACGGGAAAUCAAAGUCCUUCACAAGCUUAGCAGAAACAUCAUCGUCGAUAAAAGACAUAAGGAAGCCGGAGAAUCCGUACAGUCGGCGGCGGAGGAACCUUCUCAGCCACCACUUGUGGAACCACAAGAACCACCGAGGGAUUUCGAAGAAACCCAUCACGAAUACGAGCAAGAGCUCCAUGGGCCUGGCCCUGGCGGCGGCGGCGGAGGAGAAGAUGCCGAACUCCGGCGAGGACUCGUCGUCGGGAUCUAUGUUGCCGCCGUUGCGCCCGUGGAGCAAAGGGUCUUUCGGUAACUUUUCGCCGCCGGAGACGAAGGGAAGUGGAGGUGGGUUAUGUACGUGGAGGUCGUACUCGGUGGCUGAUUUGCCGAGAAGUUUACCGGCGACGGUGGCGAGCGGUGGCUCCGGUGAAUCUUAGGAAGAAAACCAUGUUGUCAUUGUCUGACAAUGACAUUACUGACGUGGAAGAUCGAAGUGUUUUCCCCCAUGUCCGGUUUUGUUGGCUUCUCCGGGGAGAUUGGAAGAAAACGAAUGGAUGAUGUCAGAUCCAUUGUUUUUUUCUUCAUUGAAAAUCUCUAACCUUUUAUCUUUCAUCUCAGUGGACUCUUGAUUGUUUUUUUUCAAGAGUUUUGGUUAGGGUUACACAUUUCCGUCUGUGUUCUGGUUCAAUUGGAUUUUUAUUUGGGUUUGAUUUUUUCGUUUUUACAAAA